AUGAAGAAAUCAGUAGCAGCAGCAGCAACGACAACGACAAUGUCCAUAAUGAUCUACUUGACUUCUUCUCGAGAAAACAUGCAUCCACCCAACCGAUUUUUGGCCGUUCAUCUUUACGUGCUCGAGUACGAACAAGAUAUUGUUCGGGAUCAUGUGAAUCAAGCACAUCGACAAGUUGAUUUUCGGCAAGUGAAAUCCCAUCUGGACGUGUAG